UAUAUACCUACCGUAGUACAUUUUAGAUUGAGAAUAACCGGAAUAAACAGAUUCGAAUUGAAAAUAAUAAUUGAUUGCAAAUGUAGGUAAUAAAUAGAAACAGGUUUGCGGCCGCUAUCUUGUGGUGGCUUAGAUCAUACAGGAAUGAUCUAAGUGUGGUGGCAUCAAUGAACUCAAUAUUUAUAUUGAGUUUUGAGUUCAUUGAGUGGCAUUGCCUAGAGCCGGGCAUUUACAUGAAAGAGUAGAAGGUAGAAGAUGGAAGAUGGCUUGAGGCUUGACUGGCAUAAGGUACAAGGGACAAGCUAACAUAAAUUCAGAAGAAGAAUAUAGCAAGCGGCUAUUGAAGCAAUCGGCUAACAUGGCUAAUGGCCAACAUAGCUAAUCACUACCAUAAGUAAGAACAGUAAGAACAUCUGGCUGGAGAAUUUGGGGGAGAUUUUUCAAAGAAUCUGGAAUCUGAAUUUAACCUCAAUUUUGAGGCAAAAUUCAUGAUUUUGCUUUUUUGAUUUUUUUGUAGUGUUUCGCAUCGAAAGUUCUCGAAAUGCUCCUUCCAACUUUCAGGUUGUUGCAACAUGGAAUAACCAAUGUUUGCAACAAUAGUCUACCCAAAUCAGUACUGGAAUCCUCAUCUUUCCUACAAACAAGACACUAUGCAGCCAGGAAAGGUACCAGAGAAAGAAAGAAGAAAGCAGCUGCGAAAGCCAAGUCCAAAGUUGUUGAACAAAAAGUUGGAUUCAUUCCCCAUAAUCAAAGAAAUAGGGAACAGUUUUUGAUGAAACGUGAAAAGAGAAAGUUCGAUGAUUCCAUGAGAAGAGAUCCUAUUGACAAUGUAUUUGUUGCCAAAUACUAUAAAUGGAUAGUGUACCCAUUCACAGAAGCAGUGGAAUGUCAUAGACAAACUCAUCACCCUGAUAUGUAUAACAAACCCAAUGCCCCACUCCAUUUGACUGUAGAAUUAAAUAUGAUUGGGGAAAAGCAGACUCGAUUUGUUGACAAUUUCACCAGAAUAGUUGGUAUUCCUCACAAAUUUGACCAGAAUGAAGAAAGGGCUAUAUUAGCUUUUACUAAAAAUCCAGAACUACAGCAAGAGGCUGCUAAUGCUGGGGCUCUUCUUGCUGGAGGAGUUGAAUUAAUUAAACAAAUACAGAAUGGUCAAAUCAACUUGCAGGAUUUCAAAUUCAUCAUCGCACAUCCGGAAAUCCUGCCCGAACUAGUCGUUCUGCGCGGUUUGAUGAAGCGAAGAUUCCCCAACCCCAAAUUGGGCACUUUAGGCGUCGAUAUGAAGGACAUGGUGGAGCAGUUUUUGCACGGCAUCAACUAUUCGGCGAUCAAAGACGAAUACGAAAAGGACUUCGGGGCGAUAGAAACUGUUAUUGGCACUCUCGAUAUGGAUCCAAAGCAUUUAGAAGAAAACUUUGCAGCGUUAGUGAGAGACGUUAAUACAAUGCGGCCAAAAAGGGCUGGGCAUUUUAUCUCGAGGUGUAUUUUGUGGAGCCCGCCUUCACCAGAAAAAUUGAAAGUUGAUCAUGAAAGAUAUAUUGAUGUCGGAAAAUUGAAUGAUCAAAGGGCAGAAGAAGAAAAUGAGGAUAGUGAGAGGAUAGCAUUGUGAAUGAAAUUUCAAUUGUAGAUUUCGAUUUUUUGUAGAUAAUAAACUGAAUUCUUGAGUGUGAUUCUU